AUGGGCGCUGACGAGGAGCACGAUGGCGCCUCUGUCAAGGAGCUCUUGAUCGAGGCAUGCCGCCGCAACAACACCGACCUCCUCACCGAGUGCCUCGAGGACAAAUCCGACCCCGAGAUCACAAAGCUCCUCAACGAGACCACCACCGUCAUGGGCAACCACCUCUACCACGAGGCCGCCUCCCGGGGCAACUACGAAAUCAUCGACCUCCUCCUCGACCAGCCCGACUUUGAAUGCGACCCCCUAACCCGCCUCGAGGGCGACACCCCCCUCCACACCGCCAUCCGCUGGAUCAACUCGGAGCCACCCGCCCAGAGACCCUUUGGCAACGCCCUCGUCGAGAUGAUGCUCGAGGCCGGCUCGAACCCGCGUGUCAAGAACAAGGCCCGCCUGACGCCAUACCAGCUCGUCGACCCCACCAACAAGGAGCUGCGCGAGCUCAUCCAGAAGCACGAGUACGCCAACCAAAAUGCCGGCGACUUUAUCACCGUCGACAAUUCGGCUGCUAGUGCCAAGCAUGGCGGUCAUAAGCAUGCCGUCGCACAAGGCGUGGACGAUGAGAGCGAUGACGACGCCGAGUUUAGCGGCAGUGAUGAGGAGGAGCGCGCCGAGUGGGAGAGGAGACGAAAGGAGAGGCGGAGAUAG